UCAAUCCAACCCUCUGUGUAUGGCGGCCGUGCAACCUCGCAUCCAAAGGGCCUAUAAAUGGGCAGCCUCCCUCGGCCCAUCUCUCUUUCCAACUCGAGUUUUUCACAAGCCCUUUUCUGCUUCCCCCCGACUUUCUUCCACAGCCUUUUCCUUUCAACACCACUACAGCACCACCAUGACGGCACCCAACAAGGUUUGCAUUCUGGGCUCAGGCAACUGGUACGUACUGUGUUUCUCGUCUGAAGGCGGAGUGCCCAAGGCGGUCUGGCCCCCUCCCUCGGGGUCAGGGGGCUGGUAUGCCAUGGCCGAUCCGCGCUGCUGGAUCGCAGGUGGUUCUACAGCUAACGGCACGGCCUGCUUGUUGCAUGUGUAGGGGAACCACCGCUGCCCGGAUCAUUGGCACCAACGUACAGAAGCUGCGCAACUUUGACAACGAGGUCAAGAUGUGGGUGUACGAGGAGAUGGUCGAGGGCAAGAAGCUGACAGAGAUCAUUAACACCCAGCACGAGAACGUAAAAUACCUGCCCGGCCACAAGCUGCCGGCCAACGUCAUUGCUGUGCCAGACGCGUGUGAGGCUGUUCGCGGCGCAACGCACAUUGUAGUGGUGAUCCCGCACCAGUUCAUCGAGCAUCUUCUGAAGACCAUCCACGGAUCGGUGACACACGGGGCGCGCGCAAUCUCGCUGAUCAAGGGAAUUGCCAUCGACAAGCACGGCAUGACGACCAUGACACAGAUGAUCCACCGCGCCCUAGCCAUCCCGGUGUCGUCGCUGAGCGGCGCCAACAUUGCCAACGAGAUCGCCGAGGAGAAGUACUGCGAGACGACGAUCGGGUGCGCCGAGCCCGACGAGGCCAUCGUGUGGCGGUCGCUGUUCAACACGCCGUACUUCCAGGUCAACUGCGUCGGCGACGUGAUUGGCGUCGAGUUCUGCGGUGCCGUGAAGAACGUGGUUGCUGUGGGCGCCGGCUUCAUCGACGGCCUCGGCCUCGGCAACAAUACCAAGGCGGCCAUCAUCCGCAUCGGCACGCUCGAGAUGCGGCGGCUAGCGAUGCACAUCUCGGGCGCACAGAUCCAGGACUCGACCUUCAACGAGAGCUGUGGUAUUGCCGAUGUCAUCACCACGUGCUACGGUGGCCGCAACCGCAGGCUGGCCGAGGAGUUUGUCAGGACCGGCAAGCCCAUGGCACAGCUCGAGCAGGAGAUGCUCAAUGGCCAGAAGCUGCAGGGCUAUCUGACUGCAGGCGAGGUGUACCAGUACAUCUCGAGCCGCGGCGUGGCCGACCACUUCCCGCUGUUCACGCGCAUCUACAAGAUCUGCUACAAGGGCGAGCCGCCCCAGUCGAUAUUCGAUGGACUCAACGUCGACUUCUCCCGCGACAGGAGAACGCCGAGCCCGAUGCUGUGAGGCUUGCCAGACGGCUGCUGCUUCCUCCAAAAAAACGUGUUUAAAUGCUUCUUAGAUUUCAGACAUGUGUCAUGUGAAAAAUAC